GAUCCCAUCAUUUCAAAAAAGCAGUAUAAAUUCGCGAGUUUCCCAUCGUUUGAGUACAGUUUCAUCUUGCUGUUCUUAGAAAAAACAAAAUGAAACUAUUUGCUCUCAUCGCAGCUAUCCUGGUGACAGUCAAUGCUUCUACUGACAAGGACCAAUGGGUGGCUUUCAAGCAAACCCAUGGCAAAACCUACAAGAGUCUGUUGGAAGAAAGGACUAGAUUCGGGAUAUUCCAGAACAAUCUGCGAACAAUCGAAGAACACAAUGCCAAAUACGACAAAGGCGAAGAAACCUACUACAUGGGAGUCAACCAGUUCGCUGACAUGACAGCAGAGGAAUUCAGGCACAUGCUUGGUCUGCAGAAUGGAGCGAGACCAAAUUUGAACGCCACCCUUCACGUCUUUUCUGAGAAUUUACAAGCUCCAGAAUCUAUAGAUUGGACACAGAAGGGAGCAGAUUUGGGAGUGAAAGAUCAAGGAAAAUGUGGAUCUUGCUGGGCUUUCAGUUCCACCGGGUCAUUGGAAGGGCAGAACGCUAUCCACCAUAAAGUGAAGACUCCUCUGAGCGAACAACAACUUCUUGACUGUUCCUCCAGUUACGGAAACGGUGAUUGUGACGAAGGAGGACUCAUGACGAACGCUUUCAAAUAUAUCAAAGCCAAGGGAAUAGAAGCAGGAAGUUCUUAUCCUUAUCAAGGAAGAGUGGGUUCCUGCAGGUAUAAUGCCCAAAAAACUAUUCUCAGAAUAAAAGGAUUCAAAGAAUUGCGCGCUUCUGAAGUAGAACUGAAAAAAGCCGUAGGUACCAUUGGCCCCAUAUCAGUAGCUGUUAGUUCAGAACAUUUGCGGUUGUACGGUGGAGGAGUUAUAACUACUAGGUGUAUCAAAGACCUUGAUCAUGCUGUUCUCGCUGUUGGAUAUGGUUCUGAAAACGGUAGGAAGUACUGGAAGAUUAGGAACUCUUGGGGAAAAACUUGGGGAGAUCAUGGAUACUUCAAACUUGCAAGAGAUGCUGGCAACCUAUGCGGUGUUGCCUCUAUGGCCUCAUAUCCACUUCUUUAAGACCUACAGGUAUACAACGAGUUGGAAAUAUUCUUCAAAAUAUUAUUUAUACGAGGUUUUUUCUGAUGAAUGUUCUAUGAUGUUAUAUUUAUGAUAAACGUUCAUGAUAAUAAAGAAAUUGUGCAUUUGAA